AUGUCUGGCCCUACGAAGCUGGUCUUUUUCGGAAACGAAUUCCCCAACGAUGAUCUCAAAGCUCUCUUCCGCGGUCUGCACCGACACGGCAAGGACCGGCGCUUCCGCCAGCUGGCAACCUUCUUGGAGGAGUCCACUCGCGUGCUUCAGAAUGAAGUCGCCCAACUUCCCGAGCCGCUGAAAAAGCUGGUGCCUCACUUUGAAAACCUGAUGCCCCUAACCGAGGUCGAUUUCCGUCAGGGCCCUCUGGGAGCUGCUAUGGAAAGCGCCCUCCUGACAAUUCUCGAACUGGGAAUGUUCAUCGGCCACUACGAAGCCGAGGAGCGUGUCUGGGACCUCUCCGCGGACCGGACCACCUUGGCUGGUCUCAGUAUUGGCCUGCUCGCUGCUGCUGGUGUCGCUCUGUCUACUCACUUGGCUGAGGUGGUCCAGAACGGCGCUGAGUGUGUGCGGGUCUCCUUCCGCUUGGGAGUCUACGUCCACGACAUCUCCCGCAAGCUCGAAGCUCCCCAGGCAGACGGCAGCUUGCUCAGCUGGGCUCAUGUUGUCACCGGUGAGACAGCAUCCGAUCUGCAGGAGGAACUGUCGCGAUACAAUACGGAGACGGGCACUCCCGAGCUGCUCAAGGUCUUCAUCAGUGCCGCCGAUAAGACCUCUGUGAGUGUCAGUGGCCCUCCCUCGCGCAUCCGUGCGGCCUUCCGGGCCUCUCAGCGCCUGCGCUACUCCAAGUCUCUCGCCCUGCCCGUGUAUGACGGCCUCUGCCAUGCCGCCCAUCUCUACGACGAGGAGACCAUCCACCGUGUUCUUCAUCCGGAUGGAUCUGUCAUCCCUACUUCUCGACCGGUGCAACUGGCACUCCUCUCAUCGCGCUCUGGCCAGCCCUUCGAGGCCACCACGGCCGCUGAGCUGUUCCGCGCCAUCAGCACAGAACUGCUGACUGGCACCAUCUUCUUGGACAAUAUUACGGCCGGUAUCCUCGACCGCACUGAACGCUGUGCCGACGCCCCACAGUGCCAGAUCGAGACCUACCGCACUUCGCUGGUGUUCAAGGGUCUGCUGAAAGCCCUGGAGGCUUGCUUCCCCGAUCGGACCAUCAGCACUACCGAUCUCAUCCCCUGGGUGUUCCAGGACUACGGUGCGCGCCAGCCCAAGUCAUACGCAGACUCGAAGCUGGCCAUCGUCGGCAUGGCCUGCCGCAUGCCCGGAGGUGCCAAUGAUCUCGACCUCUUCUGGGAGCUGCUCGCACAGGGUCGCGACACACAUACGACGGUGCCUGCGGAUCGCUUCGACCUCGAAACACACUAUGAUCCGACCGGUGAGACAGAGAACGCCACACGCACGCCCUUUGGCAACUUCAUUGACCAGCCGGGACUUUUCGAUGCCGGAUUCUUCAACAUGUCUCCUCGCGAGGCCGAGCAGACCGAUCCCAUGCACCGCCUCGCCCUUGUCACAGCAUACGAAGCCCUAGAAAUGGCGGGUAUCGUCUCUGGCCGCACGCCAUCAUCCAACCCUAAGCGCAUUGCCACCUUCUACGGACAGGCCAGUGACGACUGGCGCGAGCUCAAUGCCUCCCAGAAUAUCGGCACCUACGCCGUCCCUGGUGGCGAACGUGCCUUUGCCAACGGUCGCAUUAACUACUUCUUCAAGUUUGGUGGCCCAUCUUUCAACUUGGACACGGCUUGCUCCAGCGGUUUGGCUGCCGUCCAGGCGGCUUGCUCUGCUCUGUGGGCUGGUGAAGCCGACACUGUCCUGGCCGGUGGACUGAACAUUAUCACCGACCCCGACAACUACGCCGGUCUGGGCAACGGCCACUUCCUGUCGCGCACCGGCCAGUGCAAGGUUUGGGACCAGUCUGCUGACGGUUACUGCCGUGCAGAUGGUGUGGGAUCUGUGGUCAUCAAACGCCUUGAGGACGCGGAGGCUGACAAUGACAACAUCCUGGCUGUCGUGCUCUCUGCUGCCACCAACCACUCGGCGGAGGCCAUCUCUAUCACUCACCCCCAUGCCGGCGCUCAGAAGGAGAACUACACCCAGGUGCUGCAUCAAGCUGCCGUCAACCCACUGGACAUAAGCUAUGUCGAGCUGCACGGCACCGGCACCCAGGCCGGAGAUGCCCAGGAGGCUGAGUCGGUCUUGGACAUCUUUGCCCCACGAGCCCAUCGUCGUCGCGCCGAUCAGCCCCUGCACUUGGGCGCGGUGAAAAGUAACAUUGGUCAUGGUGAGGCAGCUGCUGGUAUUGCCUCCCUGCUCAAGGUGCUGCUCAUGUACCAGAAGAACGAGAUUCCUGCGCACAUCGGCAUUCCCACUGUCAUCAACCCGGCUAUCCCCACCGAUCUUGAGCAGCGCCAGGUUUAUUUGCCACGCACAAAGACUGCCUGGCCUCGGGCUGCAGGCCAGAUCCGCCGCGCCAUCGUGAACUCGUUUGGCGCGCACGGUGGUAAUACUACCCUGGUGCUGGAAGAUGCCCCUGAGAAGCAGGUGACGGUGGCCCGUGAGGAGCGCUCGACGCACCCUGUCGUCAUCUCUGCCAAAUCGAAGAAGUCCCUGGCCGCCAACGUGGAGACUCUCCUUGCCUACCUCGACGAGAACCCAGAGACUGACCUCGGCGACCUGUCCUAUACGACUUGUGCCCGCCGCAUGCACCACAGCUGGCGUCUGGCCACUGCCGUCAGCGACAUUCCCGCCCUGCAGAAGUUCCUGCGCAACGCUGUGAGCAACGAUGCCGUCUCCCAGACCCGGCCCAUCCCCACCGAGGCUCCCCAUGUCGUGUUCACUUUCACCGGCCAGGGCGCCUACUACGCCGGGCUGGCACAGGGUCUCUUCCAGGCUCUGCCUUUCUUCCGCGCCGAGGUGCGCCAGCUGGACCACCUGUCCCAGCGCCUGGGAUUCCCCUCAAUCGUGCCGGUCAUCCUUGGCGAGGUGGAAGAGGGAACUGCUACGGCCCUGGUCACGCAGCUUAGCAUUGUGAUCGUGGAGAUUGCCCUGGCCAGGCUCUGGCUACUCCUCCUAGGCAUUCCGGCUCCUCACGCCGUGAUCGGCCACAGUCUCGGCGAAUACGCCGCAUUGGCUGUCGCUGGAGUGCUGUCCACGGCAGACGCUCUCUACCUGGUCGGCCACCGGGCUCAGCUCAUCGAGGAACACUGCACCCCCGGCAGUCACGCCAUGCUCUCGGUGCGCGCAACCAUCGCUGACAUCGAGCGUCUGGUGGGCACCGGCGCUGAUGCACCAACUUACGAGCUGUCCUGCCAAAACACGCACCAGGACACCGUCAUCGGCGGCUCAAUCCAGGACCUCAAUGCCAUCCGGGAGAAGCUCGAGCCUGAAGGAAUCAAGUGUGUCAACGUCGAUGUCCCCUUUGCCUUCCACACCGCGCAGAUGGACGCCGUCCGGGAACGCCUCGCCAAGGCCGUCGCCGCCGUGCCCUUCAAGACCCCCAGCGUCCCUGUUCUCUCGCCUCUGCUGGGCAGCGUCGUCUUCGACGGCAAGUCUAUUAACCCAGAGUACAUCGUGCGGGCAACUCGCGAGCCCGUCCGGUUUGCGACUGCCAUCGACGCCGCCCAGGAACUCGGCAUCGUCAACAGCCAGACCCUCUGGGUUGACAUCGGCCCCCACCCCAUCUGCGCCAGUUUCGUGCGCAGUCUGGUGCCUGGCGCACGCAUCGUCUCGUCCUGCCGCCGUAACGAGGACAACUUUGCAACCAUGGCCAAGAGCCUCUGUACACUGCACCUGGCCGGCCGCACCCCCUCCUGGGCCGAGUACUUCCGUCCCGACGAGCAGGCUUACUCUCUCCUCCGGCUGCCCAAGUACCGCUGGAACGAGGUCAACUACUGGAUCCAGUACCUGGGCACCUGGACCCUGGACAAGGCGCACCUCAAGAACGGCGGCAGCCAGAAGCGCACCAUCACCGAUGUACCAUCUGUCUCAUCCCUGCGCACCUCCCUCAUCCACCAGGUCACGGAGGAGACCGUCGACAAGACCACCGCCACCCUCAAGGCCAUCUCCGACAUCCAGCACCCCGACUUCCUCGAAGCUGUGCACGGCCACACCAUGAACAACUGCGGCGUCGCCACCUCCUCCAUCUGGACCGACAUGGCCAUGACCGUCGGAGAGCACCUCUACCGUCGCCUGGUCCCUGGCACUGACCACGUCCUCAUGGACCUCUGCGACUUUGAAGUCCAACACGCUCAAGUCGCCAACACCAACUCAAACACCCCGCAACCCCUCGCCCUCGAAGCCCACCUCGACCUCCCCACCCGCCACAUGUCCCUCGCCUGGUACGACGUCAAUGCCACGACCAACCAGCGCGCCGAUGCCCCCUUCGCCACCGGCAGCAUCAAGUACCCUGCCGAUCCAACCGGCGCAGCCUGGUCUAUCGAAUGGUCCCGCAUCACGCACCUCAUUCAGGGCCGCAUCGAAGCCCUGCAGCACCUGGCCGCGGAGAACAAAGCCAGCACACUGUCCAAACCCCUCGCCUACGCUCUCUUCAAGAACGUCGUCGACUACGCCCCCCGCUACCGCGGCAUGGACCGCGUUGUCAUUCACGACCACGAGGCUUUCUCCGAUAUCACCCUUACCACCGACCGCCACGGAACCUGGCACACCCCGCCCCACUGGAUCGACAGUGUCUCGCACCUGGCCGGCCUGGUCAUGAACGGCAGCGAUGCUUCUAACACCAGGGACUUCUUCUACGUCACCCCUGGCUGCGGCAGCUGCCGCAUGACUGAGCCUUUGAUUGCUGGAGGCAAGUACCGGAACUAUGUCCGCAUGUUCCCCAUGCCGGAUGAGGCCCACAUGUACGCAGGCGACUUGUACAUCCUCCGGGAAGACAAAAUCAUUGGUGUCGUCGAACAGCUUAAGUUCCGCAGAGUGCCCCGCUUGUUGAUGGAUCGCUUCUUCUCGCCGAAUAAGAAUGCCGCUGCGCAUGCUGCUCCUGCUCCUGCUCCUGCUGCGGUUCCAGCCGUGAAGAAGCAACCUCCCACUGAAACCAUCCAGCCCCAGGCCCCCAAGACAGAGCAGAAGCAAGACCAGCUACAACUUCCCAAUCUCGCCUCCGCUGCACCCUCCACCGCCAACAGCUCAUCCUCUCCCUCCUCCAGCGGCGUCGCUACCCCCACUACUGAGCAAGAAGCCCCCGUCGCUGAUGCCUCAGCGGUGACCGGCGUGGCCGGCAAAUGUCUGGAACUGAUUGCCAACGAGACAGGCCUGGGUGUGGCGGAAUUGACUGCGGACGCGACAUUCGUGCAGCUGGGUGUGGAUUCGCUGAUGUCGCUGGUGCUCUCGGAGAAGUUGAGAAGUGAGAUGGGAUUGGAGAUUAAGAGUUCGUUGUUCUUGGAGUGUCCUACUGUGGGAGAUUUGACAGGGUGGUUGGAGCAGUAUUGCUGA